GUCCAGCUGGGGCUACCGGGUGGCCCAGAGCUUCGUCUUUGCUGUGGAGGAGAUCAACAGGAGCACCCACCUGCUGCCCAACCUGACACUCGGCUUCUCCAUUCGCAACUCCGGGGACUCUGUGCACGGGGCCCUGCACGAGACCAUGGCCUUCCUCACGGGGCAGGAGGACCCCGUCCCCAACUAUGCGUGCCACCUCGGUCCACCCCAGGCCGCCCUGGUGGGGGACACGCGCUCAGCCCUGUCUGUGGCCAUGGCCAGGCUCCUGGGGCUCUACAAGUUUCCCCAGCUCCUUCACGCCCUCAGGAAGGUGCGCUUCCAGACCCCUGAUGGGACCCACAUGGCGUUCGAUGCCAAUGGAGAUUUGGUGGCAAAAUUUGACGUUCUCCAAGGGCAGCAGAGCCCGGAGGGCCAGUUCCACUUUGUCCACAUUGGCACAAUGGACUCUCAUCACUCUUCAGGGGACAGAAUGAUGAUCCACUUGAAGGACAAUGUUCAGGUGCCCAGCUCUGUCUGCAGCACAAGCUGUGAACCAGGAUCCAGCCAGAUCCCCCAACAGGGAGCUCCCCACUGCUGCUUUGAGUGCCGGCCCUGCCCGGAGGGACAGUUUGCAGACCAGAGAGACAUGAAGAGCUGUCUUCAGUGCCCUGCAGAGCAGUACCCAAGCCAGGCCAGAGACCGCUGCCUUCCCAGGACAGAGACCUUCCUGGCCUUUGACGAGCCCCUGGGCCUUGCGAUGACCUUGAUGGCACUGACACUGGCCAGCCUGGCAUGCCUGAUCCUCGGGGUGUUCCUGAGGUUCCGGCACACACCCGUGGUCAGGGCCAACAACAGAGCCCUCAGCUACGUGCUCCUGGCCUCCCUGACCCUCUGCGCCCUGAGUCCCUUACUGUUCCUUGGCCGCCCCUCGCCCGCCACCUGCCUCCUGCGCCAGACCACCUUUGCCGUGGUGUUCACUGUGGCCGUGUCCUGUGUCCUUGCCAAGACCCUCACUGUGGUAAUGGCCUUCAGGGUCACGAGGCCAGGACAGAGGGUCCGCGUGUGCCUAGGACCCGGUGCCGCCGCCUCUGUGGUCCUGGUCUCCUCCCUGACACAGGUCAUUCUCUGUGGGGUGUGGCUGGCCACCUCCCCGCCCUUUCCCCACAGGGACGCAGCGUCGGAGCCUGGCCGCCUUGUGCUCCAGUGUCAGGAGGGCUCUGGUGUCGCCUUCUCCUGCGUGCUGGGCUACCUGGGCCUCCUGGCCACAGGAACCUUCUCUGCGGCCUUCCUGGUGCGGGGCCUGCCCGAUGCCUUCAAUGAGACCAGGUUCCUCACCUUCAGCAUGCUGCUGUUCUGCAGCGUCUGGACAGCCUUCCUGCCCCUGUACCACAGUGCACGGGGCAAGGCCACGGCAGCUGUGGAGGUCUUCUCCAUCCUGGCCUCCACUGCAGGACUGCUGGGUGGCAUCUUCCUCCCCAAGUGCUACCUCAUCCUGCUGACACCUGAGAGAAAUACCGCACCCAGUUUGAGACCCGGGCCCUGGGCUCAAAGCGGCUGUGGGAGUCUCCUGGGACCAGCACUCUCCCCGGGGCCGCAGCACAGCCCCAUCUGAGCCAGGCCUCCAGACAGCAGCCCGAUCCUGGCUCUAAAAUCUUGGUUUCUAUUCUGACUUGGAGAAUUUAGUAUCCAUCAAGUGAUACACAGAUAAAUGACCGUGAUCUAGGGGGCUGGGGAUU